UGGUAAAAACCGUUCUCUCUCUCUCUCUUUUUCUCUCCCUGGCUUUGCUCUCACACGAAGAAAUAUCGAUCCAUUCUGUCUCUAACAUCUCCCUUUUCUUAUUCUUGCCUGUUUAGGUAGAUACGUGAAUGUAUGAAUGCUUCCUGAAAGCAGCUGAUAGGUUUUAACGUGCAUCUGUUGUUUCUGGGCUUCAGUAUAGGGAUAUAGAACUGAUUUUUUGUGAUUCAUGCAAGCUAAGCCACAUACAAGGGUAAUUUAAUUGCGGGUUGUUGUUAUUUGUACAUUAAUAGGAUCUGAAUUUGAGUCUUUGAUUCUGGCAUUAUUUUGAACUCUGGUUUCAAAGACUCUCGAGUCAUUUGUCCACUUUGCUUGUCUGAAAGAUCAAUUUUGAGAAUAGUUAGCGUUCUCCGCGUUGGCAAUUAGCUGAGAUGUCGAGUUAUGUGGGUGUUCAUGUCUCUGAUCAAUGGCUUCAGAGUCAGUUUACACAGGUCGAGCUUCGCAGCCUCAAAUCCAAAUUUACAUCAGUGAAGAAUCAAAAUGGCAAAGUAACUGUUGAAGAUUUGCCUCCUUUUAUGGUGAAAUUAAAAGCUUUCAAUUCCAUGUUCAAUGAGGAGGAAAUUAGAGGGAUCUUGAGUGAAUCCUUUCCUGACGUGAGCAAUGAGAUUGAUUUUGAAGGCUUCCUCAGGGCUUAUCUAAAUUUGCAAGGUCAAGCGACUGCAAGGUCAGGGGAGGCAAAGCAUGCUUCAUCAUUCCUCAAGGCCAUGACAACCACUCUUCUUCACACCAUUAAUGAAUCAGAAAAAGCAUCUUAUGUUGUUCACAUAAACAGCUAUCUGGGAGACGACCCAUUUCUGAAGCACUUUCUUCCCUUAGAUCCAGCAUCAAAUGAUUUAUUCAAUCUUGUGAGAGAUGGAGUACUUCUAUGCAAGCUUAUCAAUGUUGCUGUUCCGGGGACAAUAGAUGAACGAGCUAUCAACACCAAACGGGUCCUUAACCCAUGGGAGAGGAAUGAAAAUCAUACCCUCUGCCUCAACUCUGCUAAAGCUAUUGGCUGCACUGUAGUAAACAUUGGUACUCAGGACUUGGUGGAGGGAAGACCUCAUCUGGUUCUUGGGUUGAUUUCUCAAAUUAUAAAGAUUCAACUGUUAGCAGAUCUUAGCCUUAAGAAGACGCCUCAGCUUGUGGAGUUAGUGGAUGAUAACAAUGAUAUCGAGGAGCUUAUGGGCUUGGCCCCUGAAAAAAUUUUGUUAAAAUGGAUGAAUUUCCAUUUGAAGAAAGCAGGCUAUGAGAAGCCUGUUGCAAAUUUUUCAUCUGAUUUGAAGGAUGGAAAGGCUUAUGCCUACCUGCUUAAUGUUCUUGCCCCAGAAUUCUGCAAUCCAGCUACAUUGGAUGCCAAGGAUUCCAAGGAAAGGGCUAAGCUGGUACUUGAUCAUGCGGAGAGGAUGGACUGCAAAAGAUAUUUAAAACCAGAAGAUAUUGUUGAUGGUUCACCAAAUCUGAAUCUUGCAUUUGUUGCACAAAUAUUUCAUCAAAGGAGUGGCCUUUCUACAGACAGUAAAAAGUAUUCCUUUGCAGAGAUGAUGAAAGAUGAUGUCCAGACAUCAAGGGAAGAGAGAUGCUUUCGACUGUGGAUCAACAGUCUUGGAAUUGCUACUUAUGUUAACAAUGUAUUUGAGGAUGUUAGAAAUGGAUGGUUACUUUUAGAAGUGCUUGACAAAAUUUCUCCUGGAUCAGUUAACUGGAAACAGGCAUCAAAGCCUCCAAUCAAGAUGCCGUUCAGAAAAGUAGAGAACUGCAAUCAAGUGAUAAAGAUUGGGAGACAAUUGAAAUUUUCCCUUGUUAAUGUAGGUGGAAACGAUAUUGUACAAGGAAAUAAGAAGCUCAUUCUUGCUUUCUUAUGGCAGUUGAUGAGAUAUAAUAUGCUUCAACUCCUGAAGAACUUGAGAUCUCACUCUCAAGGGAAGGAAAUAACUGAUGCUGAUAUUCUAAAAUGGACAAACAGGAAGGUUAGAAGUACAGGCAGAACUUCUCAAAUUGACAACUUCAAGGAUAAAAGUCUGUCAACAGGGAUAUUCUUCCUGGAGCUUCUGAGUGCUGUGGAGCCUAGGGUGGUCAAUUGGAACCUUGUUACCAAGGGUGAAACUGACGAUGAGAAGAGAUUAAAUGCUACAUACAUUAUCAGUGUGGCAAGGAAACUUGGCUGUUCCAUUUUCUUGUUGCCUGAGGAUAUCAUAGAGGUAAAUCAGAAGAUGAUUCUCACUUUAGCAGCCAGCAUAAUGUACUGGAGCUUGCAAAAGGCAAUGGAAGAGGGAGAGUCAUCUCCUUCCCCUUCUAAUGGUACAUGUGCCACUACUCCUGAUGCAUCUCCUGCACCUUCUAUUAGUGGUGAAGAUGAUGUCUCCUCCCUGGGGGGUGAAGUGUCAAAUUUAAAUAUCGACGAUGCUGCCUCUGAUACAACUGUCUCCUCACUGAUUGAGAGUGAGGAAGCUCCUGGAGGAGAAUGAACCAUAAAUAUUGAGGUUUUCUGCGAGAUCAUAUUGGGUGUAAUAGCCAGAAGAAAAUGAAUAUACAAUGUGCAGUUGGGUGGCUAAGUCUACCCAUCAACUUCUUUGAAGCGAAAGCAAAUGUGAAAACAUAAGGAAAGAAAGAAUAGAGUUCUGUAAAAUUGCUUUUUGAGAAGGAAAUAGAAGCUCGACUUGAACAUGUUUCUUUCCCAAUUUUUCUUUACAGGUAGUUAUACUGUUAGAUAUAUUCAUUUGACAUAAUCACAUUUUCUUACAGUAAUUAUGAAUUUGACCAUUAACUAGUCUGUCGGCUGUAAUCUUGGUUCUAUUAUUCUUAUUUGUAAAAAUGAAGAAACUCUUAGUCCA